AUGGGAAUCAUCCCUUCCGCCGCAGCAGCAGGCGAUUCCAGCGCUCGUUGCAAAGAGAACGAGAGGGCAGCUCUUCUCAAGCUCAAGCAAGGCCUGUUCGAUUCCAGCGGCCGGCUAUCUUCCUGGGCGGGUGACGACUGCUGCAGAUGGCGAGGCGUUCGCUGCAGCAACCGCACCGGCCAUGUCGUCCAACUCCGACUGCGCAACCCCUCACCCUCACCUGACGGCGACGACAACUUCUUGUCCGGCAAGAUCAGUCCUUCUCUGCUCGAGCUGAGGCACUUGAGCUACCUGGACUUGAGCAGAAACAGAUUCGAUGGAGCAAGCAUCCCACGCUUCAGCGGCUCGCUGACGAGCUUGCGGUACCUGAACCUCUCCGAUGCAACGUUCGGCCGCACGAUUCCUCAUCAGCUCGGCAACCUUUCCCGCCUGCAGUACCCUGAUUUCCACUGGCUCUACAUCCCUCCUCGUCCUCUCGUCGUCGAUAACUUCCACUGGAUCUCUCGUCGCUCCUCCUUGAGCUACCUCGACACGUCCGCCAUUAACCUUUCGGCAGCAGGCGAUGUAUACGACGAGGUAACCAAGCUUCCGAGGUUGUCAGUGCUGCGCCUUAUCAAUUGCCAGCUACUUCGCCUCCCUAAUACUCUUCCUCCAUCUGCUAACCUCACAUCAUUAACAACCCUGGAUCUUAGCUCAAAUUAUUUGGGUCCUCUACUCCCCAGUUGGCUGUCCAACAUCAGCAAAUCUCAAGAGUAUCGAUCUCUCCUUCAACCAGUUCCAUGGCCCGAUCUCUGGCUUUGGGAAGUUGUUUUCCCUUCAGACAUCUCGAAUUUUGACAAGCAGUUGUCUGGAUGUGUCAGAAACAGCUUGCAGGUAUUAAAUCUGGCAAACAAUGCUUUGGGUGGUGGAGUUCCUGUAUGGAUUGGGGAGCUCAGGAAUCUGAAGUCCCUGCAUCUUGAGGACAACUUGCUCUCCGGUCUCAUUCCUCCAUCUCUUGGAACCCUCUCGUCACUGAGCUUCCUCUACCUAAGCGACAACAUGUUACGGGGGUCAAUUUCUGAAUCUUUCGGGCAGCUCUCGGAGCUAAUCGUGUGGGUUGUCAGCUACAAUCAACUCUCUGGUAUCGUCUCCGACGUCCACUUUAGCAGCAUAACAAGCUUCAGCUCCAGUUGGCUUCCUCAGUUUCAGCUCAAGAAUAUUCACCUUGGCUCCGGUGUUCUAGGUGUUGUUGAAAAGAGGAUGGAAGAUAUAAAUUAA